GUUGAACACAUUUUCAUCAAUAAGGACCUGGCACUGAAUUCGAUUUCACGGUUUACAUGAUGUUAAUCGCAUUCUACAUAGGAUAGAAGACUUCAAUUCCCGCGGUAACCUCAAGACAAUCGGUCAGCGGCUUCAUUCUGAUAUUUCGAUCACUGUCUUCUUCAUUUUCGCCAUGUCGGAGGCGGCGAAUUCAUCGACCCCCGACAGGCAUAACACUGUAUUUGUAGUCACCCUGGUCUUUGCUGUGAUCGCCACAGUGUUCGUCGGCUUGAGAAUGUUGUCAAAAGGAUGGAUCGUAAAACGAUUCACGACGGACGAUUGGUUCACUGUUGCCGCCUGGGUCUUCAUGUUGGGAGUGACAGUUUCUAUCAUGAUAGGUGCGCGGGACGGAUUAGGAAUGGUGGAUUCAGAUAUUCCUCCUGACAUGGUCGACCCACAAGAGAGCGCCAUAUACGCUUUUACCAUCUUUUACAACCUGGCAAUCAUGACUACCAAAACGGCAAUCUUGAUUUUGUACGUUCGAUUGGCAGCCGCACAUGCCUUUCUUCGACGAGCUUCAAUCGCCACCAUGGCUGUGGUGAAUCUCGCAGGAGCCAUGCUGGUGCUACUCAACAUAUUUCGAUGCCGGCCCAUACGCGCUGCAUUCACCAGUAUUGACGGCUCCUGUAUCAACCUUGUUUCGAUAUUCUUGUCAACAUCUCCUAUCAAUAUACUCACCGACUUCGCUAUCCUUCUGCUUCCUUUACCUAUCUUGACCCGCCUUCGAAUGGAAUUUCGCCAAAAGGUCGUCCUUGUCGCCACUUUCAUUGUAGGGGGGUUCGUCACAAUCGUAGACGUUGUGCGCGUUGUGUACCUGCAGAAUGCUCUCAAGGCAGAAUACGCCGAGAACACCAACGAUCCGUCGAACACUGUCUCCCAACAAAACACCAGAAAUUAUGGUUAUCAUGUCAGUUAUUCGUUGAUGUGGUCUGGUAUAGAGGUAUCCGUGGGGUUGAUGUGCUGCUGUAUAUUGGUGCUAAAACCUCUGGUCAUGCGAGUUCUCCCAGCUAUCUUGAAAGAUCCCAACAAAUCAGCACUCACAGGAACUCUCCUUUCUUUCGACUUUUCACAACCUGAAGGCUCUCAAAGCCAAUCUCUUCCCUCAACAAGGGAAUUUGCCGGGACAUUGGGUAUGACGGUUGGCACUAGUGGUACUGACCCAACGGAAGUUUCAGGCGCUGCUGAAACGGAGACAAGGAAUGGAUUGAGGCAUCAGCAAAAUGGAGGAACUGGAAGGAGUGAUGAAGAUGAGACGUUCGACUUGUUUGAUAUGCUGGCUAGUGAUCCUCAACACUCGGGGGCUCAAGUGACCCAUCCUCCUCAUCGAAAGUCUGAAAGGCAGUCACAUUCGACGGCCAGCAAGAUCAAGAACAUGUUCGGUCAUCGACAUUCUGCUUCGACAGAUACAACCCAAGAACCUACUCAAGUCUUCUUUGAUUUUGUCCGUAUGGGCGGGAAGAAACCACUGACAGAGCUCACUGCCAAAGAGUCUCGUGGCCCUGUGAUCUUUGGAAGCAUCUUGUUUUUUAUCUGGGGCUUUUCCUAUGGCCUAAUGGGAACGCUCAAUGUCCGAGUACAAGAGAUCCAUGGCUUUUCCCCUUCUCAGACACUCGCUCUUAGCUGCUCUUACUGGAUCGCCUAUUUCUUUGCUCCCCCUGUCAUCGGUUAUUGGGUCAUCACUCGACAAGGCUUCAAAGCUACAUUUAUAACCGGUCUUGCCUUUUACUCAAUUGGAGCUAUGGCGUUCUGGCCAUCAGCUGUCCUUGCCAGCUAUGCUGGGUUCUUUAUCAGCAAUUUCCUUGUCGCUUUGGGUCUAGCUACUAUCGAAGUCGCUGCGAAUCCUUUCAUAGCCCUGGCUGGACCUGGACAGUACUCUGAAGCGAGGCUCAAUUUCUCACAAUCGAUACAGGCUGUUGGUGGAUUGAUCUCACCUAUCAUAGCCUCCAAAGUCCUUUUCGACGAGCUAAGUGGUAGCGAAAGCCUCUUGUUCAAAGUACAAUGGUGCUACCUUGCAGUGGCGAUAUUUGUCUUGUUCACGGCGGUCGUAUUUUUCUACGUGCCUUUAAGCGAAGCUGGGGAUGAGGAUCUGGAGAAAAUCGCAAAAGAGAGAAUGUCGAGAGCAGAGUUGCCCUCAAAUCCAAGAUAUUGUGGAAUACCGAUGCGCAUCUGGGCAUUGGUGCUAGGGAUAAUGACGUUGUGGUUUUAUACCGGAGCACAAGAAAACCUCAACUACUACUGGUCAACGCUGUCCGUCAUCAUAAAACCCUCUUUCGACAGUCUUUGGGGUCAAACUUUGGGACGUGUUGUCUUUGUCAUGGGACGCUUUGUGGCUGCGGUGUUAUGCUAUAUCGGAAUCCCACCUCGAUACAUUUUGGCUUGUUUUACUAUGGGCGCAUUCAUCACCACAAUUACUACCAUCGUCCUACCCACUGGCAAUGGUACCUACGCAAGUUUGAUCCUUAUCGAGUUCUUUGAAUCACCAAUCUUUCCUACCGUAUUUGCUAUCACUAUCCGUAAUCAAGGACGUCACACGAAAUCAACUUCCACUAUGUUGAUGAUGACCGCAUCUGGGAGUGCGGUUUGGCCGGCUGUGGCAUACGGUGUCAACCUUCGUUAUGAUGGCCGUUCUCGCCUCCUUUUGGUCCCUGCGGUCGUCUUAUUUGGUUUAAACUCAGCAUAUUCGGUAAUACUAAGCUCUACCAAGACGUGCAGGAGAUGGAUCGAUCCUCGUUGGAGCAAAGGAAAGCCAUUAUUGGAGAAGGGGACGAGGGAGAAGGAUGUGGGCUAUGGCGUGGGUUAUCCAGAGGGUGAUAUUGGAGAUCCCGGAAUAUCACCCAGACAGAGGACUGAGGAGCUGCAAUUGGGAAGUGAAGGAGGCUUUUUGAGUGCUCCUAUGACGAUGGGAUUGGGUUUGGAUCUCUCGGAACAAGAAGAGCAACAUCCAUCGGGUCCAGAAGAUUUUACAGAGAAAAGGACCGGUGCAGGUUGAAGGGCGGUUGCUUGUCAGAAUACUCAAGACUGUAGUACUAUAAUCAUUAAUGCUUGUCAGAAUACUCAAGACUGUAGUAUUAUAAUCAUUAAUGUGUUGUUGUAUGAUUAAACUUUUGGUUGUCUAAUGUCGAGAUGUAGUCAUGACAGAUGUCUUCUCCUAUCAAAUUGGGUGCUUCAUGCUUCAUGGCUUUCAAUUUGAGUUCCUUGCAUGUGGGAAUCGGCCCCAUUCAUUACGCAUGAGCUGUCCUAAUUUACGUUUAAUAGCUCUCAACUGCAAUAUCUACUAAUUUUUACACUGUAAGGAACGGAGAGAAGAUAGUGUUUAGCAGAACGGAAGAAGAAGACGAGAGGAGGAGGGAACGAAGGAAUUGGGGUGAUAAAUAUUAGCCGAGGAGAAGAGGAAGAGGAGAGCGAGGAAGAGAGAAGGGGGGAGGAAACCGGAUCAGAAGAAGCUCUCAGGAGAUCGGAGUCGGAGGAAGGAAGAGGAAAAGGGUGCUCGAGGGGGGAGAAAGAUUGGUCAGCUGUACAAUUAGGAAAUGAUAUAUAAAGAGUUCUUCGCGUAGACGAAAUGAAAGACAACCUUCAUAUUCUUCACACUUCUCUGGCUACCU